UAUUUUAGAGUCUUUCACCACUCUAUAAGAGUAUUCCAUAAAAAACCAAAAUAGCAGAGAGCAGAAAAUUGCAUGUAUUUUGCCCUAAACUGGCUGUAACGAGAACAAACAUCAAUAUGUUGUUAAAACCUGUUUAAAAAAGCACAAAACACGCAUUAUUUUAAAACAUUUUAAUAACAAAAGACGCAUUAUUUUAAUAACAAGGACAACAACAAUGCCAUAUAUAGCAUACAACAAGCAUUUUUUAAAUGUAAACUGAAGCAAAUGGACCUUUUAAUAUUUCAUCAGCAUAGGUGUAAACAUGACACGUCAAUGGAUAUUACAGAGGCCAAUUUCGCAAAUUUGCAAAAAAGCGGUCUCCCCCCCCCCCCCCCUCCACACACACACACCAAAGCACUUUAUAACUAAUAUGUUCUAUCGACAAUAUCAUUGUGUAGGCUAGUCUUUGUACUUAUUAAUAUAAAAUAUAUCAGGCCCGUAGGAACUGGGAUGGUGUGAGGGGAGGGGUUCUUUAAACUAUUGCACAUAAUAACAUAUACAUAUAAAUGGUGUUUAUGGUUGAUAAAGGGUUACAAAUUGAUAAUCUAUAUCUGAUUUGCAACUAGAGUCACGUAAACAAAUUUAUUCAUCAUUCACAAACAAACAUGAGGGCGAAACGACCCUGUAUAGAGGGCGAAACGACCCGGUAUGGGGGUGAAACGACAUGGGGCGAUCGGGAAUAAGGGCGAAACAACCUGAUACCAUUCAAUUCAGCUACAUGUGUACAGUUUUCCUAAGAAAAACAGUUUAGUUCUAUGUAAAACAUAUGCAGAGAGCGCAUUUAAAAAUUCAUCUGUGCCUUAUCACUCGAACGUAUGAUCAAAAUGUCGGGGCUGAGAUGUGUCUACUUAAGACAAUAAGUUAUAUUCUGCCCAUUUUACAAAAGUACAACAGCCUCUCGCAUAUUCUGAUUGUCGAGAUAAAGUGUAAUGACAUUUUAAGGUUUUUAAAAAUAUAUUUUGGACCCUUAAAUUUCCCGAUAUAUUUCUACUUUGGUUGCAUUCUCAAAAUAGUAAACACGUCACCAUUUUUAGAUGUGCAGGUGUUAUUGUCUAUUUGAUGCCCACAAAUGUUUCAUUUUUGACGUCAGGCUAACGCCUUCGGUCAAAAAUGACAUUUGCAGGAUCAAAUGGACAGUAACACCCACAAAUCUAAACACUCCAUAUGGUUAUCUCCUAAUUACAAAAUGGAGUCCUCAAGAACCAAUGUUAACAGACAACAUUUUAGGAUAAUGAAUAUAACAAGUCUGAUCGUGGCAUAAGUUGAGCAAAUGAAUGGUUAUCAUGAUAAAAUUGUUUUGUUUAAAUAUAUAAACUGCAUUCUGAGUUUUAAUGAAUAUACAUGUAUAAACAAAUAUCCAGAAAGAUAUUUAACACUCCCCAUAUCACAAUUAUAUACAACUAUUGGUUUUUCAAAUGUAUCAAACUUAAUCAUUUAUUUUUUAUGAUUUGAGGUGGUAAGAUCAUACUACUAUUGAUUUUGAACAGAGCUUUCAAGACUUUGUUAAAUAAGUUUGCUUUUAGUACUAGUAAACAGUCCUUGGGAAUUUAUGGUGCAUCUAAGUUACCUAUAUUCUUGUGUUUGAUCCAGUUCAUUAGCCUAUCCCCACAAUCUCUGUUUUCACUUUCUCUUAAAAAGGAUCGUAUUCAAUCAUUUAACCAAUCCAUUACCAAAAAACUGCAUAUUUUAAAGCCAUAUUAUGUCGAAGAGAAAUAAAACAUUUAUUACAUAUUAACAAUUGAUGGUCAGGCAUUGAAAUAAGUUGAGAAUGGUCAUUCGUUCUCCACACACACACACCCUACCCCCCCCCCCCCCAAAAAAAAAAAAAAAAACGAACAAAAAAACCCGACAUGUCACCUAAAUUUUUAUUGGUGGUAUGUUGUUUACAGGUACAUUUAUAUGAAAAAUUAAAAUGAAAGAUAAUAAAAAAAAUUCUCGCCACCUUUUUUCUCUUGAGAUGAUCGUGUAUCAUCCACUGAAAAUUACAUGUACUCUUACACGAUUGCUUUUGUUGUUAAAAACUUUCAAUGUUUUGGAAAUUUGUGUUUGCUGACUUUUGCAUUGUAGAUGAUUCUCCUACAAAGAUACUAAAUGCUGCUCCACCAUUAAGAUCUGAUACCAGUGAUGAUGGCAACAAAGUAAACAACGUGAAGCAGAACAACAAAAAUAAUGGCAAAACACCAGGCAAUAAAGAGUUUAAAAAUGAAGCAUUUUCUGAACUACCUGAAAAUCAGUUUAAACAAGUUCAGCCCCAGAAGUCAGAAGAGAAGGAUUUAAAAGCAGACAUACCUGGCAACUAUAAAUUAACGGACUGUAAGGAAUAUGAUUCUGCUUCAAAGAUACUGAAUGCUGCUCCACCAUUAAGUUUAGCUACUGAUAUCGGUGAUGAUGGCAGCAAGGUAAACAUGAAGCAGGACAGCAACGAAAACAUUGCUGUUCGGUCGGCAGGUUGUUCUGGCAUGUCCACUGGUAGACCUUGUGGCACCUCUCAACCCUCAUCAGCUGAACCAUUCGUGACAGCUAAAGAUGCUGAUUCCAUCAAUAGGAACCUUGAGGACAAAGCACGCCUGGAUGCUGCUGCUAAAAGGUGUCCAUCUCACUCCUCCCUGAAUGACUACUAUAUGUUAGAUUAUGAGACUUCCUUCUUAGCUGGCAGGUGCCCAUCACUGAGCUUACAGCUACAAGCAAGAGGAUUUAAUAUUCCAGCAAACAUGAUCAGAACUGUCUCUUCAGAGGAUGAUAACAGGACUUACAUAGAAGAUGUCACCAGGAUGGAAUCUUUCAUGGACAGCGGAGGAGCAGCAUCAGCUGAUGACAGAGGUGAAUCAUGCGGGGGAGCCUCCUAUGGAGGAUCCUCUCCAGGAGCUGUCUCCAGCAUGCCAUCAGAUGGAGUAUUCCUUGUUGACCUCAAGCUUGAGAUCAUCAAAUUGCUCCAGAUUAAACUGGAAACUAAUAUUGGAAAAGGCUGGCAGGAGCUUGCAAGUCUAAAAGACUGGAAUUAUUCCAAAAUACAUGAUUUUGAGAAUCAUUGCAUGGCAUCACAUAAAAGCCCAUUCCAGAGUCUUCUUUCAGAGCACGAAUUCCAGCAGUACACCCUGGGAGAGCUGAAAGGAGAUCUCGAUAGACUUCCACGAAAAGAUGUUCUGCGUGCUCUCAAUACCAAGAUGCAAGAGUUGUAUCAUUAACAGGGUGUUCAUAAACAUGGAGCAGAUUUUCAUGUCAGGCUUAUAUGGCUCCACUGGCGUUUUGAACAACAAACAUAGACCAGUGAAAUCGAUUUAUUGAAGGUUGAUGGGUAAUGCGACUGUUAAGUUAGUGAUGCUAGGUUCUACCUAAGAACAAAUACGACUGAUCGAAAUAGUAGCCUAUGCAGUGUUUGAACGUCUAUGAUUUUAUUUUACUAACAUACAAACAUAGACCGGUGAAAUCUGUUUAAUGAAGGUUGAUGGGUUUUGUCACUGUUAAGUUAGUGAUGCUAGGUUCUAGCUAACAAAAUUAUGACUGAUGAAAACUGUAGCCUAUGCACAGUGUGAAAAUGUAUCACUUUAUUAGAUACUAGCAUAGUAUAAAAGUGAAGUAUAGCAACAUGAUGUACAGUAGCUGUGCUGGCCAGCCGGGUCUGAUCUGCACCAACCACCAUGGGCAGAACCCUGCUGGGAAGGUUUUUAUAGUCCAGUGGUUUGUAAUCAUUUGGAUACAAACUAAAGAUAUUUUUAACCAUAUACAGUCAAACCUGUCUUAAGCAGUCACACAUGGGAGUAGCUAAAAGUGGCCGCUUAAGACAGGUGGCCGCUGAGUACAGGUUGCCACAUAUAUAGUCUUUGAAACAUUUGUUGUUGUUUCUUGUUUUACCGUCUGUACUGCUAAUCAAUGGAUGUGUUUCAGAGUUGAUUAUAAAUCAACUUUUGACAUGUCUCCUUCAGAAAUAAUGCAAAUGGAAUGUACGUAUUAAAUUAACCGUUCUCAA